AUGUCAUCCAUUUAUACUUAUUAUUUGCUUGAUAUUUAUAUUGAUGCAAAAAUUAAUACUAUUCAAGCGAUUGUUACUUCGAUCAUUUUCAUUCCAGUAUUUUUGCAUACUGUUUACAUUCUUGGACAAAUAUUUUUGUCCAUAAAUUUUCUAGUUUUUCUUAUUGAAUUUCUAACAAAACGUUUCAAACAAUUAGCUGACAUUACAAAUGUUAUAAAUUUAUCAUUCAUUAACCGACUAGAAUAUGGAAUAAUUAUGUUCAAUCGUUUUCGUCGUGAUUAUGUACAAUUAUUUAAAGAAACAAAACAUUUCAAUGGAACAGUUAGUUUUGUAUUAUUAUAUAUAGAAAUAGGUUCAAAAGCAUGGGCAAUAAUAUUCUGUUUAUUUCAUAGUCAACAAAUUCGAAUGAAUUUUAUUAUUAUAAUUAGUGGAUUUACAUUAAUUUCAUUGUUUUUCUUCAUAAUUGGUUUCUAUUCACGUUUGGCUAAAAUGCCAUCAAUCAAUCAAUUUUGUUAUCGACGAUUAGCAUUUUGGAUAGCACGACGAUCAAAAUAUCGUUUGAAACCAAAAUAUUAUUGCACUUAUCAACAAAAUUCAAUACGUAUUGAUAUGAUCAAAUUGAAUUUAUAUCUACAAACAAUUGCAAAUAAUCGUUUUGAUUUUCCUAAUUCGGAAUCAAAUCGAAAAUUCGAUAUGGGAGCAAUAUGA